GAAGCUUGGAGAACGUAUGUUGAAAAUGUAUUAUGAAGCACUUGACUUGUCAACUAACUUAGACUUUCCACAUUUAAAUACGUUGGAUAGUGACGCCGUUAGAGUAUCUGUUCGCAAGUGCACAGAUCCAGGGACUGAAAACGGCGUUAUCCUAACUGCUUCUAACUCCUUUUGGCUUUCUCUUUCUCCUCGUAUUGUUUCUGAUUUUUUCAAAGACAAUAGUAGAAGACCCGAGUGGGAUGUUCUUACCAAAAAUUAUCCAGUGGAGGAGAUUCACCGCAUCACUAGUGGAAUUAACCCUGGGAACUUUACUUCCAUUAUUCAGCCUCUACACCCUGCAAGGAAUGAAAUGAGGAUUCUACAAGAAUGUUACACACAUGCAAUGGAAUCUGUGUUGGUGUAUUGUCCAAUAGAUGCAGGAACAAUGGAUUGUAUAAUAAGAGGAGAAGAAGGUUCUGAAAUGAUGCCUCUUCUUCCUUCUGGUUUAACAAUAACAGGGGAUGGUAGAUUUUCAGAGACAAAAUGUGGACAAGGUAAAACCGAAGGUACGGUUGUGACUUUGUUGUAUCAAUUGCUCAUUGGUAGACCAACUGAUAUGGAUAAACCAGACCUGGGAGCUGUCAACAAAAUGAACUCAUUUGUUACUUCAGCUGUCGACAAAAUCAGAGUUGCUUUGAAUUGUGUUGAUGAUUAUUGAUUACUCUUUUUUAUUUAUUUUUCAUGAUGUACCUUAACUUUUGUUGGGUAAAGACAAUUUUAAGUUUUUAUUGUGUUCAAACAAAUGUAUAGUCAUUUGUCAAAUGACGACAACAAUGGUAUCUAUCAUGUUUUCUUAAAGGACAUCCCAAUUUUAUAAUAAAGUAAAAGAUUCAUUUUUUUGAUGAAAUCUAAUUUA